AUGAAAAGUUUGCCGAGGUAUGGAUAUGGUCAUCUACUGUUUCUGUUACUUAAGACUUUGAUACCACUGAGCAAAAUAAGCAAAUGGGCCCGAGCCUUAAAAAGAGAAACACGCAAAAAAGUUAUUUUUACAGAUGGGAAAACAAAUCAAAAUUUGGAUAACAAAUACGUGCACAUGAUUGCUGUUGACAUGGAACCUUUGCGAAAAGGAAAACAUGAAGGAUUUCGGGAUUUUUUAAAUGCUCUCGAUAGUAGAUAUGAAAUUCCUGAUACAACAAUAUUGAAUAUUAUUACGGAAUUUAAUACGGAAUAUUAUGAAAACGUUAAACAGAAGCUCGUCUUAGCAUUAUCGAAAGCCGAACAUGUUAGUCUGACUACUGAUUUAUGGACAUCAAUUGCAAAUGAAGGCAUCCUUUCAGUUACUUGUCAUUUCUUUCACAACGAAAAAUUAAUUGCACCAUUAUUGGAAGUCGUAAAGAUGGAAGAAAGUCACAACGCAGAAAAUAUAGCCAGUGGAUCAGUUGACAAAAGACUAAGUCCCUAUGAAAACAGGACACUUGUUGUACUUGUUACAAUAUUGGAUCCCCGAUUUAAGACGAAGGGGUCCAAAACAAGUGACAACGAGAAGCGAGCUGAUCAGUGGCUGGAAAAGGCCUAUGUUAGCCAAUUAACUAAAGAAUGCUUGUCUGUAGAAGAAACGCAACCAACACCAUCCACGUCUUCAGGAACAUGUACUGACCUGUUGAGAUUCCUACACGUAAAUACGUAUCGACCCCUUUGA